CAACCACCAUCACCAUGUCAGACUCCUUCGUCCUCAGCAAGAAGCCAGUCCCGGUGACAGACAUCCCGUCCGAAGAGGCCAUCGUUGCGCGAGCCAAGGAAGUUCUCGCCUCCAUCCCCCAAUGGAAGGAAGGCAAGGCGUACAAGGGCGGUGUGAAGACCUACACUCUGCCCAAGGGCCUCACUCCCGGCACGUCCGCGGAGGACUUCUGGGCGUGCCGCGUGAGCGAGCUUUCGCCCUCGGACGCGUCGUUCGACGCGAUGUGGGCCCACCUUGCGAAGGACAAGGCCGAGAAUGAGAUGAAAUAUAUGCCCAUCAUCCGCAAAGUGACGAAGGUCGAGGAGAUAUCCCCGGCUCAAGAGAUAUGGACGCUUCUCUACAAGUUCAAUCCGGUGAUGACCCCGCGAGUGUUCACGGUCCUACAGCUCGCUCAUCUUGAUGAGAGCCAUCCGACCGGACGCGUUGGCAUCAUCGUGCAGGUUCCCAUCGACCUCUCCCCUGACCCCGAGCUCGCGAAGCUCGAAGAGAAGGGCGUCAAGGCGUCCUACGUCAGCGUCGAGCAGCUCACCGAGACUAAGGACGGCACCGACAGCGGCUCCGAGGCCGGCAAAGUCAGAUGGACGAUGGCCACCUCGAGCCAUCCAGGCGGAAUGAUACCCGACGCUAUCACGAACGCGAGUCUGGCGGGAGAGAUUGCGAAGGACGUGCCGAACUUCUUGAGCUUCCUGAAGAGCGUGAAGGGCUAAGGACUUGCGGGGUUGGGACUUGAUAUGGAGCGCUUGACAUCCUAGUCGUAUGAAGGCCAGUCGCAAGGUUGUAUGGCGGAUCUCUAUCUAAGAUACAAUACCGGGAUCGUGGAUUGGGAGCUUCGUGGUUCCGGGAAAAAGGUCUUCCUAAUCGUCAUCUUCGUCCUCCCCACAAGACGAACACUCGCUCUCCUCCUUCGCCUUCCGCUUCUUUCCUCUCGACUUCUUCGCUGCCGGUGUCGUCUUUUUGCUUGCCGCAGGAGCUUUCGUUGCCUUCUCCUUCCCCGCUUUCUGCUCCUUCCCCGCUUUCUUC